CCGCGAUCGCCAUGGAAGCGGCGCCGGGCCCUGAUCCCGAGCCAGACGUGGACCCGGAGCACGAGCCCGUAACGGGCCCGGUGCCGGUGACUGACCCGGCCACAGACCCCGACGUGGAGCCGCUGCACCGGGGCGGCUUCCGCUGCCGCCUGUGCCAGAUCACCGCGGCCAACCGUCCCAGCCUGCAGUCGCACCUGGCCGGGAAGCGGCACCGGCGGCUCCGGUGUCUCCGGGCCGAGCGGCGCGCGCAGGAGCAGCGGAGCCUCUUCGUGAGCGGCUUCCCCCGGGGCACCGAGCCCGCGCUGCUGCGGCAGCACUUCCGAGCCUUCGGGGAUGUCGCGACAGUCGUGAUGGACAAGGAGAAGGGCGCGUUCGCCAUCGUGGAGCUGCGGGAGCCCGCGGGGCGGCAGCGGGCGCUGGACGAGCCCCGACAUUUGCUGGGGGGGCGGCGGCUGCGGGUGCGGCCCCGGGAGCACCGGGACUUCCCCCGUAAGGUGUCCCCGCAGGUGGGGGCGCAGCUGGAGCUGCUGGUGCGGGCCCUGGAGCUGAGCGCGGCCGAGCGGCGCCUGCGGGAGCUGCUGGUGACGCUGAUCCGGGAGGUGUUCACCGAGUUCUUCCCAGGCUGCUCCGUUGUCCCCUACGGCUCCUCCGUCAACGGCUUCGACGUCCACGGCUGCGACCUCGACCUGCACCUGGAGCUGGGGGGCGGGGACGGGGACCCCCAGAGCCAGGAAACCCCAAACGGGGAUCCCCAAACCCAGGAGACCCCAAACGGGGACCCCCAGAGCCAGGAAACCCCAAACGGGGACCCCCAGAACCUCGCCGCCCCCCCCAGCCUGGCUCUGUUCAACACGCGCUUCCUGCGCCUCUGCGCCGACCUGGACCCGCGGGUGCGGCCCCUGGGCUACGCCGUGCGCCUGUGGGCCGGGGGGCAGCGCCUGGCAGGGAACCGGGCCGGGGGCGGCCCCCUCCUCACCAACUACGCCCUGACCCUGCUCGUGGUGCUGUUCCUGCAGAGCCGCAGCCCCCCCGUGCUGCCCUCGGUGCGGCAGCUCCGACACCUGGCAGGACCCCAGGACCGAGCCCAGGUUGGGGGGUGGGAUUGCAGCUUCCCCCGGGACGCGGCCGGGCUGGAGCCCAGCGGGAACGGGCAGAGCAUCGCCUCCCUCCUGGCCGAGUUCUUCUCCUAUUUCGCCUCCCUGGAUCUGGGGGGGCUCCUCCUGUCCCCCCUGGAGGGCCGAGCUCUGCCUCGCCCCCCACCCGAGAGCCUCGGGGGUCUCCGCCCGGGCCCCCUGACCCUGCAGGACCCCUUCGAGCUCAGCCACAACGUGGCCGCCAACGUCACCCCUCGCACCGUGUCGCGAUUCGUGCGCUGCUGUCGCGACGCCGCCCGCCUGUGUCGCGGCCCCGAGUUCGUGCAGAGAUCGCGCCGGGGCCGCCCCUGGGGCAUCGUGCGGCUGCUCCAGGCCGGGCCCAGCGGGAAUCGCGACAAUUCCCGGGGGAAAUUCCUCAUCCCGGUGCCGCUGCCGUGCCCGGGGGAGGCCCCGCAGCGCCGGCUCUGUGCGGCCGUGCCGUUCGUGCUCACGGAGGUGCUGGGGUGCGGCUGCGAGCCCCAGGGGGGAUUUGGGGACGAGGGGACACCGGGGGACGAGGGGGAGUCACCACCGGGAGCCAAAUGUCACCUGGAGGGGGUGACGGGCGAUUCCCGGGGGGAAUUUGGGGCACCGGAGGAUGAGGAGGAGCCGCUCCUGGAUCCCUCAGAGCCACCACCGGGAGCCGGUUGUCACCCGGAGGGGGUGACAGGAGAUUCCCCGGCGGAAUUUGGGGACGCGGGGACACCGGGGCCGGGCUGGAAGCGUCGCCUCCCCUCGGGGGUCCCGAACGGGGCCGGGGUCCCUCCCGCAAAGCGGCCCCGGCUGCCCCCGCUCCCCUCCCGCUGGAGCUGCUGUGUCCGGUACCGGGUGUGGCGGGGCCGCCGCCGCCUCCGCCGCCGCCUCCGCCACCAGGGGGGCUCCGGGGGGGCUCAAGGUCCUGAGGGUCCCGAGACUCCUGGAGGGGUUCAGGGUCCCGGGGGGGCUCCGGGUCCUGGGGAUCUCGGGGGUCCCGGGGGUCCCGGUGAGGUUCGGGAUCCCGGGGGUCCCGGGGAUUUCGGGGGUCCCGGGGGGUCGCCCCUGGCCCUGGAGCGGGCCGUGACCGAGGCCAUUGUCCGAGGGGACACCGGGAGCCCCCCCGGGGACCCCCCGGAGCCGCUGCUGCGUUUCCAGCUCACCGCCAGUGCGGGGGGGUCACGCCGGGACCCCCAAAUUCUGCUGCGCCUCCAACCCGAGCCCGACCCCCCCUCGCCGCUUUUCCAGGAGUUUUUCCAUUUUUUGCGGAGUUUUCUGCCGGGAAUGGUGCGGCAGAGCCUGGGGUGGGGGGCGCGGAGCCCCCCGGCGAGGGGGGAGAAUUUUGUAAAUCCUGAAGUUUUCCAGUAA